UGUCACGCUCGUCUCCUCGUGCCAUGAAGCCCCGAGAGAGGUGUGUUCCUGGUUCUUGGUUACUUUUGGGUAAUACCAAAGAUGAUCUGCUCAAGUCAGGAAUGUGAUCAGCGACGUGCUGUCUCUAUAUAUGAUCUCGGCAUGCCCUUCUGCAUAUGCUUCUGAUGGUCCUCUUGUGUUUUCACAUACCUUUCGACAUUGAGCAAGCUUUGUAUCGAACAGUGUCGCCAUGAAGCAAUUCCUGGGGCUCAGAGGCCAGGCCCUCAACCUGGCCGUGGGCGCAAUUGCAGGAUGUGAUUUCCUGCUCUUCGGAUACGAUCAAGGUGUCAUGGGCGGCAUUCUCACUCUUCCUAUCUUUCUCGAUGAUACCUUUCCCGACAUUAACCCCAACGCACCGGGCCUCACCCCACACGAAUCCUCUAUGAGAUCCACCUACCAAGGCAUCUCCGUCGCUUCCUACAACUUGGGCUGUUUCAUCGGCGCCAUUAUCACCAUCUUCAUUGGCAAUCCCUUAGGCCGUAAGAAGAUCAUUCUUCUCGGAACUUCCAUCAUGAUCAUCGGUGCCAUUCUCCAGGCGAGCGCUACUACCCUCGAACACUUCAUAAUCGGACGCAUUAUUACUGGCAUUGGAAAUGGAGGAAACACAUCUACAGUCCCUACUUGGCAAUCCGAGACUUCAAAAGCACACAAACGAGGCAAGAUGGUCAUGAUCGAAGGAUCUCUCGUCACAGCCGGUAUCAUGUUGAGUUACUGGAUAGACCUCGGGUUGAGUUUUGCCCCCGGCUCAAUUGCCUGGCGCUUCCCGUUGGCCUUCCAGAUCGUCUUCUGCAUUCUCAUCGUCAUCUUCGUCCCCUUCUUGCCCGAAUCGCCUCGCUGGCUGAUCUUCAAGGGCCGUGACGCGGAAGCCAAGGAAGUUCUGGCCGCCCUCAACGACGUGGAACUCGAAGACCCCAUUGUCGACACCGAAUUCCACUCCAUCCACGAGACGGUCGUCGAGAUGUCCAAGGGCAGCUUCAAGGACCUCUUCACCAUGGACAAGGACCGCAACUUCCACCGCACGCUGCUGGCAUACGUCAACCAGGUCUUCCAGCAAAUCUCGGGUAUCAACCUCAUCACAUACUACGCUGCCGUUAUCUACAGUGGACUCGGCAUGUCCGACUUCCUGGCUCGUCUCCUCGCCGCCCUCAACGGCACCGAGUACUUCAUCGCUUCUUGGCCCGCCAUCUUCCUCGUGGAGCGCGUCGGACGUCGCAAGCUCAUGUUGUUCGGUGCCAUCGGCCAAGCGGCAACCAUGGCCAUCCUGGCAGGCGUCAACUCCCGGCCGGACGACAAGCCUUGCCAGAUUGCGGGAAUCGUGUUCCUGUUCGUCUUCAACACCAUGUUUGCGAUCGGUUGGCUCGGCAUGUCCUGGCUUUACCCGGCCGAGAUUGUGCCACUCCGCAUCCGUGCGCCGGCCAACGCGCUGUCCACGUCGGCGAACUGGAUCUUCAACUUUAUGGUUGUCAUGAUCACGCCAGUUGCGUUCAACAACAUCAAGUACCAGACUUACAUCAUAUUUGCGGUCAUCAACGCCUUUAUUGUUCCCGUCAUCUAUUUCUUCUACCCUGAAACGGCGUGCCGGUCGUUGGAGGAGAUGGAUAUGAUCUUCCGCAAGGUCGAUGGGUGGAAGGGAUACUUUACCGUGGUGCAUCAGGCCAAGGUGGAACCCAGAUGGUACGACAAGGAUGGCAAGCGCAUCGGCGGCGCCGACUUUGAGAAGGCUGCUGAGCACCACCAGAGCCACUUGAUUCCUGAGUCGCCUGGAUCUGAAAAGCCGACGAAGGCUCAUGUUGAGUCGCCUGGGGCGGAUGAUGCGAUUACUUCUUCAAGUAGUGAUGGAGGGAAUCGGGAGUUGUAGUAGGGGUUAGUGAGGGGUGAAAAGAAUACUCAGUACAAGUUCCGUUUAUCAGCGUCGUUCCCUUUUGCUUCCAUGGUUCUUGGUGAUUGUUACACACUUCGGUGGUUUUCUGGAAAAUGUAACCCCGUUGAUGUUCCCGCCUUCCCCAGAUUUUCUCCCGAGUGAUCGACCGCCUACUUACCAUCCGGGAUGUCGCGCUGGAUGAAUAGGGUGGCUUUGUGUGC